AGUUUCAGUUCGGUUUUUGUGCUGCGCCCAUUUGCAUGCGCCGUGGUCAUUGGUGCUGCAUGCGAAAUUCGCAGUCAGGUUUGGUGUUCUUUUGCCGCAGCUUGCUUACACUUAGCGGUUAUCAAUUGUAGUGCAUCAUAGUACAUAGAACGGAACAAGCGGAGCAAAGCGGUUACGAAAUGCUCUUCAAUCGUUUCAAGCAUUGUAAUCUCACGCUCUUGCUCUGUGCAGCGCUCGCAGCCUCUAUCGCAGUCGCAGUCGCUGACGAUAGCAGCGAGAGUGCCGGCAACAGCAGAAGCAAAUGGGUCUGCGACUCGACCGAUCUUUGCCUGCCCGAGAAGGAAGUGCUAUCCGCCGCUGUGGUGGAAAACAAUCACCACCGUUUUGAGAGUCAACGGGAUUGUCGGCUAUCCUGUGGCAAAUAUGGCUCGAUCUGGCCAAUGCCCACGGUUGAGUGCACUCUGUCCAACGAGCGGGUGCACUUUGAUCCGUGGAAGGUGCGGUUCAAUGUGGUCGCCCCCAAUCCGGUAACAACCCAGUUUCUACGCGAAACGAAUCGCUUGUUUGUGAGCAAUCUGCUAAAGGAAUGCUUGCGCAAUUGCACGCUGGGCAGCAGCAAGGAGGUGCUGGUCAAGGCGGCAGUCAACGAUAGCAGCCUGCUGCUCGACUGGACCACAGACGAGGGUUACAUGAUGGUCGUGCGCACCACGGACGCCGUCACCUUCGUCGACAUCAAGGCGUCGACGGUCUACGGAGCACGGCACGCCUUCGAAACGCUCACCAAUCUGGUCACGGGCAGUCUGUCCAAUGGACUGCUGCUGGUGAGUGCCGCACGGGUGCAUGAUCGACCCGCCUAUCCGCAUCGCGGCCUGCUGCUGGACACCGCUCGUAAUUUCAUGCCGCUGCGGUAUAUGCGGAACACCCUGGAUGCGAUGGCAGCGUCCAAGUUGAAUGUACUCCAUUGGCAUGUGGUGGACACGCAUAGUUUUCCGCUAGAGAUAACGCGUGUGCCCGAAAUGCAACAAUAUGGUGCGUAUUCCACGGGUCAGACGUACUCGCACAUGGAUGCCGUGAAUCUGGUGAAAUAUGCACGGCUGCGUGGCAUACGCAUCCUCCUCGAAAUCGAUGGACCCUCGCAUGCGGGCAACGGCUGGCAGUGGGGACCCUCCUCCGGCAUGGGCAACAUGUCCGUCUGUUUGAAUCGGACGCCGUGGCGCAACUAUUGUGUCCAGCCACCAUGUGGCCAACUGAAUCCGCUGAACGAGCACAUGUAUGCGGUGCUCAAAGAGAUACUCGAGGAUGUUGCCGAGCUGGGCGCACCCGAGGAGACCAUCCACAUGGGCGGCGAUGAGGUGUACGUGCCCUGCUGGAACCACACCGACGAGAUAACCACCGAAAUGAAGAAGCGCGGCUAUGAUUUGAGCGAGGCGAGCUUUCUGCGCCUCUGGUCGCAAUUUCAUCAGCGCAAUCUUCAGGCAUGGGAUGAGAUCAACCGUCGCAUGUUUCCAAGUGUCAGUGCGGCGAAGCCGGUGAUCUUGUGGUCCAGCCGCCUCACCGACCCGGAGCACAUCGAACAGCUGCUGCCCAAGGAGCGUUUCAUCGUCCAAACGUGGGUCGGGGCACAGGAUCCGCUCAAUCGGAAUUUGCUGCAACGCGGCUAUCGCCUGCUCAUCUCCACCAAGGAUGCCUGGUAUUUGGAUCACGGUUUCUGGGGCAGCACCAGCUAUUACAACUGGCGCAAGGUGUACGACAAUGCGCUACCAGUUGCACCACGCGCUGCCAGCAACCAAUUGCCUCAGGUGCAGCAGGCGGCUCAGGUGCUCGGCGGCGAGGUGUGUAUGUGGAGCGAGUAUGUGGAUCAGAACUCCCUAGAGGCGCGCAUCUGGCCGAGAGCGGGUGCUGCCGCCGAGCGCCUGUGGUCGAAUCCGAGAUCAUCCGCUUCCUUGGCUCAACGUCGAUUCUAUCGGUAUCGGGAACGGCUUAUCGCACGUGGCAUCCAUCCGGAUGCUGUGGUGCCGCACUGGUGUGUGCUGCACGAAGGACAAUGUCUCUGAAUCAAUCGACUCGAUCUAAUUGUGCCCUGUAUCAUAAUUAACUCACACAUACCAAUGUAUAUGCAGAUAUAUUCAAGUGCUCGAUUAGAAGUCAGAAAUUUAUUUUUAAGUACAAAUUUUACAUAGAAAGAGCUCAAAUUUUGCUUUGAUCAAGUUGCUUUCAAUAUACUUAAAUAUAUACCUGA